CGUCGAGUGCAUGACAUGUGUUCUUUACUUUUUUCAACAACGACUGACCUUUGUCAGACGUGUAUGUAGACAUGUGUCAGUUAGACUGUUAAGGAAAAUUGAGCAGAGUCUACAGAAAAGGAAGUUAGAAACUAUUCAAAAUCCCAUUGUGAGUUUACCGAUUGAAUUAUAUUCUAUCGACCGACCUAAUUUCCAUUCUGAUUUCCCCUGCAUCAAUAUAAUGCCAGAGAUGGAGCAUACAACCGGUGACGGUGAGGGUCAUCAAGUUGAAUAUUUGGAGACGCCCAUCAAAUCGGAGAACGAUAAAAAAGAAUACAAAGUCAUCAAAUUACCAAAUGGUUUAACGGCUUUGUUAAUAUCCGAUAUACAUUCAAAAACUUGUGCUUCUCAGGAUCAAGAUGAUCAGGACAAAGAAUCUACUGAAGAUGAAACUGAGGAUGAGGAAAGUAGCGAAGAGAAUGGAGGAAAUAAUGAAGACGAAGAUGAAGGUGAUAUAAGCGAUGACUAUGAUGAAGAAGAUAGUUCAGUUAAACGAGUUAAGAGAGAUGAAAAAAAGGCUGCAUGUGGUCUAUGUGUGGGAGUAGGCAGUUUCAGCGAUCCACCACAGGUUCAAGGCAUGGCACAUUUUCUUGAACAUAUGGUUUUCAUGGGAUCUGAAAAAUAUCCUCAAGAAAACGAUUUUGAUGCGUUUAUCAGUAAGCGUGGUGGCUUUACCAAUGCCUCAACGGAUUGCGAGCAUACAACAUUUUACUUUGAUAUUCAGGAGAAACACUUGUCGUCAGCUCUCGAUCGUUUUGCUCAAUUUUUUAUUAAACCCUUGAUGAAUAAAGAUGCCAUCACGCGGGAGCGAGAGGCUGUAGAAAGCGAGUUUCAGUUGGCCUUACCUUGUGACGAGAACAGAAAGGAACAACUGUUUUCUUCUUUCGCGCGAACUGAUCAUCCAGCCAACAAGUUUAUUUGGGGCAAUUUAAUAACAUUGCGCGAUAAUGUACAUGACGAUAAAUUAUACGAAGAACUACACAAAUUCAGAGAACGUCAUUACAGCGCUCACAGAAUGAAAUUAGCUAUACAGGCGAGACUACCGCUGGAUACGUUGGAAAAAUAUGUCGUAACGUAUUUUGCUGAUGUACCAAAUAAUGGACUGCCUCCUGAUGACUUUUCCGCAUUUAAAGAUGGUGUUUCUUUUGAUACUCCCGCUUUUCGAAAAAUGUAUAAAGUUAAACCUUUUAAAGAUGUUAGCCAACUGGAACUAACAUGGGCAAUGCCUUCGUUACUUCAUUUGUACAAAAGUAAACCACAUCAAUAUAUCUCAUGGAUUAUUGGGCAUGAAGGAAAAGGUUCUUUAAUUAGUUAUUUACGAAAAAGAAUGUGGAGUCUCGAUAUAUUCAGUGGCAGCACUGAAAGUGGUUUCGAACACAGCUCCAUGUAUGCGUUAUUAAAGAUUACUAUAAUACUCUCCUAUGAGGGACAACAACAUCUGGAGCAAGUUCUAGAUGCGAUAUUUUCUUUUAUAAAUUUAUUGAAAAGGGAGGGUCCACAAAAAAGAAUUUACGAUGAAAUUUAUCAAAUUGAAGAAAAUAAUUUUAGAUUUGCCGAUGAGGAGGAUCCAGCGGAUUAUGUUGAAGAUUUGUGUGAGAGUAUGCACUUUUAUCCGUCACGCGAUUAUAUAACUGGAAACGAGCUUUAUUCUGAGUAUAAUCCAGAAGCUAUACAAAAAUGUUUGGAUUAUUUAGUGCCAGAGACUGUGAAUAUUAUGAUUUUCAAUGAAGAUUUUGACUUUUUCGAAUUAAAUAAAGUCGAGCCGUGGUUCCAAACUAAGUAUGUAGACAUCGAGAUAUCAAAGGAAUGGAUCGAACGCUGGAAAUCUAUCGAGCCAUUACCAGAUUUUCAUUUACCAUUAGAGAAUACAUUCCUUACCAACGACUUUUCUUUAAUACCGUUACCAGCGGAAGUUCCGAAAUAUCCUGUAAAAUUAUACUCUAAUACUCUGUCAGAGAUUUGGUAUCGGCCGGAUCCAAAGUUUCGUUUGCCAGAAUGCUAUAUGAAUUUUCAUUUUGUUUCUCCUCUGGGACUUCAAUCGUCAGAGAAUGCAGCUCUCAUGGAAAUGUAUUGCAAUGUACUAAAACUGCUAUUGAUUGAAGAAUUAUAUCCUGCUAUAGCAGCUGGAUUUAAUUAUAACAUCAAUGUUAGUGAGAAAGGUAUCACAAUAAAAAUGAAUGGGUUUAACGAAAAACUGCCACUCUUGUUAAUGGCUAUUGCAAAAUACAUGGUGGAAUAUCCAACCCUUGUUACAAAGGAUUUAUUUGACAUUGUCAAAGUGCAACAACUUAAAACAUAUUACAAUACAUUUAUAAAACCUGGGAAACUCGUUAGGGAUGUGAGAUUAUGGAUAUUAAAACUUACCCAUUAUACACACCUUGACAUGCACACUGCUCUACAUGAUAUCACUUUUAAAAAAUUCAAAAGUUUUGUGAAAUUCUUCACCAAUCAUUUGUACAUUCAGUGCCUCGUGCAAGGCAACAUGACGCAGAACGCUGCGAUCGAUAUCGUACACAAAUGUAUUAAAAUAAUUAAUUGCGGUUCCUUGACUUCUAGUAUGAUACCGCAAAUGAGAGUCUUUCAGAUACCGGUGGGCACGUCCUGUUGCAAGUUGGAAAAUAUCAACAAAUUUGAUGCAAAUUCGGUAAUAACAAAUUAUUAUCAAAUCGGUGUCGAAUCGAUCGAAUUAUCGGUGUUGAUUGAUCUGAUGAUCAUGAUAAUGGAAGAACCGUUAUUUAAUCGGUUGCGAACUCAAGAACAGCUUGGUUAUGACGUCUCCUGCGUUCUUAGAGAUAUCAACGGAAUCUUAGGAUAUUCCAUUACUGUUCACACUCAAGCAGAUAAAUACACAACCAAACAUGUGGACCAGCGGAUCGAAGAAUUUUUAAAAUCGUUUAAUAAGAUUUUGGAAGAAUUCUCAGAAGAAGAAUUGGAUGAUGCCAAGGAGGCACUAAGAAAAUUAAAGCAAUGUGCCGAUAUAGAUCUUGAAGAAGAAGUUAACAGAAACUGGCAUGAGAUCACGCAUUGGCAAUAUAUGUUUGACAGACUCGAGAGGGAAGUACUCGCAAUAAAAGAUAUAAAAAUCAACGAAUUAAGAGAAUGGUCCGCAAAGCAUACAUUAGACAACGGAAGUAAUUUCAGAAAAUUGAGCGUGCAUGUAGUAGGAACUGAUCCGAAAGAAAUUGCAAUCAGGAAGUCAAUUGCAGAUCCAGAGGAGAAAUCGCAGUACUUUAAUUUGGAAUAUAUACAUACUAAUGAAAAGGAUAAGGAAAUUGUAGAUUAUAUUGAUGACAUAGAAAAGUACAAGAAAAAACUUUACAUCUAUCCAAUUCCUGCAAGGCAACCUAAAGCUCUAAAAGAUAUAAAAAGAAGGAGGACAAUAAACAUACAGAAGAUAUAUAAGAAAGCGGGACUUUUCUCUGAAUAAAGGAUAUAACUGUUGAUAAAUAUAUAUUAAAAGUGUUAAUGAGAACCCUAUACUUGGCAGCAUAUCGUAUAAUAUUCUGUGCUAGAAAAAUGGUGUUGAAACGAAAUGAAAAUAGCCGUUUUCCUUCGAAAAAUCGAGCGUGUUAUCUUGCGACAACGUGCUUUGCAGUACGUUACGCGCGAUACCGUAGAUCGUAAAAAAUGAAUUCUGUGCGAUAUUCAUUUAACCGUUUCUUCAUUACAAUGGUUUUUUGUCAUUUCAGCAAGAUUAUCGAGAGUUUAGCAUUUACUUGGUGUACAAUUAAUUUUUCUGUUAUUUAAUUAUCUGUUCACAACACACAAUGUUUCGAAGAUCAAUAUAGAUUGUUAUUUCAUAAAGUACGAUUAUUUAUAACUUUUAAUGGGUAUGUCUCGGUAUUAUCAUAGACGACUUUCGUGGGCCCCACUUUUUCUACUUAUUACAACGAAAAGCCAGGCAGUUACGCUCUGAAUUGCGAAAACGCGCCUGUUUUUUACGUCGUUAAUGCUUUAUGCGAGUUUUCCUUGUUUUCAACAUUUCUGCUUUCUGUUGUAUUCAAUAUUGAAUUCUCUUUUUUUUAUUGUUUUUGCAUUACGCUUCGCGUUUACAUUAAAUUAUUUCACGUUAUUAUUAUAUUGUUGCAUACUCAUAUCAGUGCAGCAGCAACUGAUCACGUUGCAUACAUCGUUAUUUGUGUCUUUAUUUGUUUUAUAUCCGGUAUAUAUAUAUAUGUAUAUAUAUAUAUCUCAAGAGUUCGAUUUCUCAGAAAGAAAAUCAUCUAUCUUUACGUAAAAGCGUAAAGUGGCGUUUUACUCUCAAAUUCGUAUUUUGUCAGAUUCAAGAAGGUCGGCUUCGUACGUGUUAUAUGUAUUAUGUGUGUACAUGUGUAUAUUAUAUAUAUAUAUACGCGUUCAAAACGAACGGUUUUGUCAAUUCUCGAAAUUUCUCGUUUUCAAAAAAGAAUAUCGUAUCAGCGAUCGUGCAUUGCAACGUACUUUGCAAAGUAAUCAUAAGCGUUCAUACGCUAAUCAUAAGUCGUUUAUGAGACUCGAGUGAUUAUAAAAUCAUAUUACAUGUAUCCGUGAAACGUAUGAUUUACAAACGCUCGUCGUGACAAAUACGUUAAGCAAAUGUUGAUUACUUCGCAUAUGCAUCGUGUAAAACAGUCGAAUUAUUUUUCACAUAUGCUCGGCGCAUAUCGAAGCUGACAUUAUUAGUUAUAAUUCAUCUCUGUUAUUCAUAUAUAUAUGUUAUAUAUCUUUUUUUCCUGUUCCUACACGCAACUCAGGAAACUGAGAGCUUCGGAAAU